AUGAUUAGUGAUGAUGAUAUUGAUGAUAUGUCUUUACCUGAAAUAAUGAAACUCUAUUUUACUUCAAAACAACAUCAAUUAAAUGAAUAUAAACAACCAUUAGAUUAUAGUGAUGAUCAAGAUAAAGGUCAUGCACGAAAUGAUCGUCAAAAUGAUAUUGAAAUUAUAUCCGAUGAAGAUGAACAACCGCUUAAUAUAAAUAAUAAAUAUCAACAACAUUUAUCUGAUAAACCAUUAACAAGAAAUCAACAGAAAAGCAGGAAAAAACGAGCUAAACGAUAUCGAUUUGAAAUAAUUAGAAAAAUCUAUCGUGGCUUUACAAUUAGACAAAUUAAAAAUGUUUUAUUAUAUAUGAAUAUCCAUUAUGUGAAUAUCAACGUUGUUGGUAAUAUAUUAUUUGUUGGAGUUAGUGAUGAAGCAAUACGGAAAGAAGUAGAAGAAAAAUUAGAUAAUGAUAUGUUCACAGAAAAACAUUAUGAACGUAUUCACAAGAAAACAAAUUCAAGAAAAUAA